AUGUAUGGAAGUGCUCGGUCAGUUGGCAAGGCUGAGCCAAGCAACCAGAGUCCAGGGCGUUCACCAAGGCUGCCACGGUCACCACGCUUGGGCCAUCGUCGAACCAACAGCACUGGAGGCAGUUCUGGCAGCAGUACUGGGGGCGGCAGUGGGAAAACCCUUUCUAUGGAAAAUAUUCAGUCCUUAAACGCUGCCUAUGCUACGUCUGGCCCUAUGUAUCUAAGUGACCAUGAGAACGUCGGUGCAGACACCCCAAAAAGCACCAUGACUUUGGGCCGGUCUGGGGGGCGGCUGCCUUAUGGUGUUAGGAUGACUGCAAUGGGUAGCAGCCCUAACAUUGCCAGUAGUGGAGUUGCCAGUGAUACUAUCGCGUUUGGAGAGCACCAUCUUCCUCCGGUGAGUAUGGCGUCCACUGUGCCUCACUCACUUCGCCAGGCCAGGGAUAACACAAUCAUGGAUCUGCAGACACAACUCAAAGAAGUAUUAAGGGAAAACGAUCUGCUUCGCAAGGAUGUGGAGGUGAAAGAAAGCAAGCUGAGUUCUUCCAUGAACAGCAUCAAGACCUUCUGGAGUCCUGAGCUGAAAAAAGAAAGAGCUCUGAGGAAAGAUGAAGCUUCAAAAAUCACCAUUUGGAAGGAACAGUAUAGAGUUUUGCAAGAAGAAAACCAGAUUUUUCUUGUUAUUUGUAUGUUUCAGGGUGUCAAGCCCGCCAGCUUUGAUAAAGUAGCGAUCCCUGAAGUGAAGGAGAUUAUUGAGGGAUGUAUUCGGCAAAACAAAGGCGAAAGAUAUGCUAUUAAGGACCUUUUGAAUCAUGCUUUCUUCCAAGAAGAGACUGGAGUACGGGUAGAACUAGCAGAGGAAGAUGAUGGAGAAAAAAUUGCCAUUAAACUCUGGCUGCGAAUUGAAGACAUCAAAAAACUUAAGGGCAAAUAUAAAGAUAAUGAGGCAAUAGAGUUUUCCUUUGACUUGGAGAGAGAUGUCCCAGAGGAUGUAGCACAGGAAAUGGUGGAAUCUGGCUAUGUCUGUGAAGGGGAUCACAAGACAAUGGCGAAAGCUAUCAAGGACAGGGUAUCUUUGAUUAAGCGAAAGCGAGAGCAGCGUCAGUUGGUGCGUGAAGAACAGGAGAAGAAGCUUCAGGAAGAAGGUAGUCAGAAGCAGCAGCUGGAGCAACAGCAACCCUCAAGUGCUUCCCAUGCAGGGUCAAAGCAUCCCGUAUCUGUCAGUGGUACUACUCCUGUCCCCACUACUUCAGCAUCUGUUUCUACUCAAGUGGAGCCUGAAGAACCAGAAGCUGAUCAACACCAACAACUGCAGUUCCAGCAACCCAGUAUAUCUAUUCUUUCUGAUGGAGCAGUUGACAGUGGCCAAGGGUCAUCUGUUUAUACUGAAUCGUGUGUGAGCAGUCAACAGACUGUGUCGUAUGGUUCCCAGCAUGACCAGCCAAUCUCAACAGCUGCAGUCCAGGGGUAUGCAGCUUCAGUUGGCCAAGUGCAGUCACAACAGCAUGGAGGAUAUCAGCCACCUACAGUGCCUCAGCAUCCGCGUGGGGGAACACCAACGUUCCCAGAUUCACAGAUAUUUUUCCCAACCGUUCAUGAACGGCCGGUGUCUUUCUCACCACCACCUGUCUGCCCGCCGAAGGUGGCAGUUGCUCAGCGCCGCAAGAGCACUUCAUUUUUGGAAGCUCAAACUUGCCACUUCCAGCCAUUGCUGAAGACUGGCCAGAGUUUAGUUCCACCUGGUGGUAGUCCCACCAAUUGGACACCAGAGGCAUUGGUUAUGCUGGGUACGACAUCUCAUAGAGUCGCUGGAGAGCCUCUGCAUGUGCAAGUUAACCCUGUGUUUGAGCCAGCUCCUGUACACAGUGACUAUAGAUCUGGACCAACACCUCCAGAGGAUGCUCACUACAGAAUGCAUCCAGAAGCUGUAUAUUUGGUGGGCAUGCACUAUCCGUCACAGACACAAGUACAAGGCCAGUCAGCUUCAAGUAGUACAUCGGUACCGUCUCAACCUGCCCAACACACUCAGCAGAAUGCCCAGCAGCCAGCCUCUUCUCAACAACCUGGACAAUACCAGCUGCAGCAGCCAUCAGUUUCUACUGGUGCCACUCCCACACAAACUGUCUCUCAAACUCAGACUUCACAGGUUAUGCCAAUGCCUCAGGCAGCAGCAGGGACACAGCUUCCUGUUUCCCAACCAGUGUCGAUCAUCCAAGGCGAACCUCAAUUACCUGUUGCAGCACCUUCUCUCCCUCAACCUUCAGUUGCCCCAUCAGUCCCUAUUGGUUCUCACUUUUUGCCCGUGGGACAACCCUUGCCAACUUCCAUUGUCCCCCAGUUCUCAGUCUCUCAGUUGCCCGUCGCAGCUCCUCAUGUGUCAGUGGCUCAGCCAGGUUUCCAGUCACUGCCAAUUUCAAUGGCAGGCGGCAUGAAUCAGCCAUUGCUCACGCUGGCAACAUCUGCUGCGGCAUCCGCUGUCCCUGUAGGAUCAACUGUUGUCCCUAGCCAGCUUCCCACGCUGAUGCAGCCUGUGGCUCAGUUGCCCAGCCAGGUUCUCCCGCAGCUCCUGCAGCCGGCUGUCCAGUCCAUGGGAUUGCCAGUCAGCAUUGGACAAGCUGCUGAUGCUUCACUUCCUGCUGGAGAUGCUCUUUACCAGGGCUUCCCAUCUCGGCUGCCGCCUCAGUACCCAGGGGACUCAAGUGUUGCACCUUCCUCUGCUGUGGCUUCUGUUAGCAUUCCUUCUGCCAUACUGUCCCCUCCCUUACCCACAGAUGUAAUGACUCAGCCAGGCUAUAUUGCUCCUGUUGUGCAGCCGUAUGUGGAGCAGAACGUUUUAGUUCCUAUGGGCAGCGUAGGAGGACAGGUUCAAGUGCCCCAGACUACAGUGAGUUUAGCACAACAGGCCUCAUCAGCCUCCUCGCAGCAGGCAGUUGUGGAGCAGAAUGUCAUGCCAAUGUGGGGACCUUGUUGCCACUGGCUGUUCUGUUGGGAAGGUACUCAAGGAGCCUCACAGACUGCUCCUUCAGAGUCUUUGCCAUCAACGCAGCCUGCUCAGUCUACCCCUUUGGCUUCCUCUAUGGAUAGUGCACAUUCUGAUGUUGCUUCAGGAAUGAGUGAUGGCAAUGAGAAUGUUCCAGCUUCUAGUGGGAGGCAUGAAGGGAGGACUACCAAGCGCCAUAUGCGGAGGUCUGUCCGCAGUCGCUCUCGCCAUGAGAAGACUGCUAGGCCAAAACUGAGAAUUCUAAAUGUUUCAAAUAAAGGUGACCGGGUAGUGGAAUGCCAGCUAGAGACACACAAUCGGAAAAUGGUUACUUUCAAAUUUGAUUUGGAUGGUGACAACCCUGAGGAAAUAGCUUCAAUUAUGGUGCAGAAUGAGUUUAUUUUAGCAACUGAGAGAGACUCAUUUGUGGAACAGGUACGAGAGAUCAUUGAGAAAGCAGAUGAAAUGCUGAGUGAGGAUGUAAGUGUGGAGCCAGAAGGUGAUCAGGGUUUGGAGAGUAUGCAGACAAAGGACGAUGGCUUCAUUCCAGGGUCACAGAAAUUAGAGUUCAAACAGCCAGAUCCUACAUCUUCCAUGCCACAAAGAAUAGGGGUUCCUCCUAGCUCCUUUACCCAGGUUGUCCAUUCUGCGGGAAGACGGUUUAUUGUCAGUCCUGUCCCUGAAAGUCGGUUAAAAGAACAGGGCUUUUUCACCUCUCCUAUUCCUGGAGGAAAAGAAACUUCAGAUGUGGUUGCUGCAUCUCCACUACAUGGUCCUGGAAUGAAUCUCUCCCACUCUGCAUCAUCGCUGAGCUUACAACAAGCUUUCUCUGAGAUUGCGCAUGGUCAAAUGACAGAAGGACCUAGUACAGCUCCUCCAGUGUUCAAUCAAACAAUACCACCAUUUCCACCUGCGCUUUCUACCAUGGCAGGCAGUGGUGCACCUCCUGCAUCUGUAGCUGCUCCUUCAAUAUCUGUUCCUUCUAGCACAGGUGUUUCUCUUCCAAGUUCUGUUACUUUGCCUUCAGAAAAUGCAGCUGUUGGAGUUGCACCAAGUGCAAGUGUGCCAAGCUCUGUUUCUCCACCUCCGGCCUCACAAUCCGGACAGCAGCUGUCUGGUGGUGUGGCUUCCAGUGUGAGCGCCCCUGCUUCUUUCUCCUUAACUAUCACAUCCCAGCCUGUUCAGCCAGUAACUGGAGACAUUACCCCUAGCAUCAGCACACCAGCUUCUUUGGCACUACCUGCUACCCAGGUUCCUGGUGUCACUGGUCUUGGUGUUGUUGCACCAGCUGUGACAUCUCAAUCUACUCCUCAAAUUGUAAGUAGUUUGGCAGCACCGCAGACAUCUGUUGCCCUGUCUCAGGCUCAGAAUGUGGCUUUGCAGCUUCCUCAGCUUACUAGUAGUGGCUCUGUCUCUAGUCUGGCAGAAACAGUAGUUGUAAGUGCUCCACAAUCACUACCUGAGAGUGGGCAGUCCGCAGAUAAGUCACAGGCCUCCAAUGCAGCUGGCUUAUCGCUACCAAUCUCUGCACCUUUAUCAUCCUCUGUAGCAACAAGCUUAUGUGGUUCAGUCACUCAGCCAGCGAUACAUCCCUUACUCAUCCCAUCAGCAAUUACAUCAACACCUGUCCUAUCCCAGAUUCCAGGUGCAACACCUGUGUUGCCCCAGGUUCCCCUACCUGGUGUCUUACCACAGCCAGUUACUAAUUUGCCUGCAGUACAGCAAACAUUGAUACACAGCCAGCCCCAACCAGCUCCAUUACCCAAUCAACCUCAUAUUCACUGUCUGGAGGCUGAUGCUGAUGCUCAGUCCAAAGCACCUGGCAUUGAUGAUAUAAAGACCCUGGAAGAAAAGCUACGAUCUCUCUUCAGUGAACAUGGUAACGUGGGAGCAGCACAUCCAUCAGUAUCUCUGGAGACGUCACUGAUCAUGGAAACUACUGUUAUUCCUGGGAUCCCAACCACUGUGGUUGCACCAACUAAACCCCUGACAUCCGUUAGCACUUGUAUACCUCCGAGCAGUUUGCCUCUUGGACCAGCUGGCUUGCCAGUGCUGACACCAGUCGCCACGCCUGGGCAAGUGAUCACCCCAGUAAGCUAUAUUUCGGCACCAAGCAGCGUUGCAACAGCGGUAGUGAAACCAGGGACCUCUCCCUCGAAGCCCCCUCUUAGCAGGGUACCGGUGCUACCAGUAGGUUCUGAACUUCCAGCUGGCACUCCGUCCAGUGAGCCGCUGCCACCUUUUCCAGGACCUUCACUAACUCAGUCCCAGCAGCCACUGGAAGAUCUGGAUGCUAAGCUGAGGAGAACCCUUAGUCCAGAAACCGUUCCAGUGACAUCAGCUCCUGCCUGUUCUGUGCCCUCAGUAGCAUCUACAGCAGUUACUGGUCUGGUGUCCACAGCAGCACAGUCUCUAAAAGAUGCUUCAGCAUCAUGUGGUGGAGAAAGCAGUGGUAUGGCUUCCACAACAACGGGAGCUGGCGUUCUUAAGAUGGGACGGUUUCAGGUAUCUGUGGCAGUGGAUGAUGUGCUGAAAGAGAGUGACAAACCUGAGGCUAAGCCGCUGCAAUUUGAAACCACCUCCUCUGAUUCCUCCCCCCUUUCUGGGAGCAGUCCAGAGAGUACCCUGGUAAAGCAGGCUGGAGGGCGGAAGAGCGAGGCUGUGGCACAUGGCAUUCCUCAGCCAGUUCCUGUGCUGCAGUUGCCAGUAGAUGAUGGUCAGCCUACUAAGGUUGGACGCUUUCAGGUAACAACAACAACAGAUCAAGUGGGGCGCUUCUCAGUGUCAAAGACUCAGGAUGAGGUCACCUGUGCAGAGAGAGAGCCAAUGACUCUCCCUCUCUCUGUGGACUUGGAACAAGUUGCUUCUUCAGCCGCAGCCCCUAGGAAAGAGUUGGAGUCGAGGCAGUCCCCACAUAUGAAUGGUCCGUCCUCUGAACCAGAGGCUGCUUUCUUGAGUGGAAUGGCUAAGGAUCUGGAUGAUGGCUCAGCGAGCCCAGACUCCCUCCAGGCCACGGCAUCAAAAAUCAGCCUCCCUGUUCAGAGUCUUAGCAACUCGUUCAAUUCUUCCUACAUGAGCAGUGACAACGAGUCAGAUAUUGAAGAUGAAGACUUGAAAUUGGAACUCCGUCGAUUACGGGAGAAGCACCUUAAAGAGAUCCAGGAGCUGCAGAGUCGCCAGAAGCAGGAGAUUGAAUCACUAUACACAAAACUAGGAAAGGUUCCACCUGCAGUCAUUAUUCCCCCUGCUGCACCCCUUUCAGGAAGGAGGAGACGACCCACGAAAGGAAAAGGCAGCAAAUCCAGUCGUAGCAGCUCCCAGGGAAAUAAAAGUCCACAGCUGUCAGGCAAUUUGUCAGCUCAGAGUGCACCAUCAGUCUUGCCCCCACAACAGACUCUUCAUCCUCCUGGUAGUGUGCCAGAGACUGGACAGAACCAUUUGUUACAGUCCCUCAAACCUUCACCUUCCAGCGAAAACCUCUACUCUGCCUUUACCAGUGAUGGUGCCCUUUCAGUACCAAGCCUUUCUGCGCCAGGCCAAGGGACCAGUAGCACUAACGCAGUCGGGGCUACAGUGAACAGCCAAGCACCCCAGUCUCAGCCUACUGCUAUUGCCUCCAGCCGAAAAGGGACUUUCACAGACGACCUGCACAAGCUGGUAGAUAACUGGGCCCGAGAUGCCAUGAACCUGUCUGGCAAGAAAGUUGGCAAAGGGCAUAGCAACUAUGAGGGCCCUGGAAUGGCAAGAAAAUUCUCGGCACCAGGUCAGCUCUGUAUCUCUAUGACAUCUUCCCUGGGUGCUACGCCCAUCUCUGCAGCAUCAGCUACCUCUUUAGGUCCCUUCACGAAGGCCAUGUGCCCUCCGCAGCAGUACGGUUACCCAGCAGCAUCUUUUGCCGCUCCCUGGAGCGGGACAAGCGGUCCGGCACAGCAACCACUUGGCCAGUUCCAGCCCGUAGGUGCCGCGUCUUUGCAAAGCUUCAACAUCAGUGGUUUGCAGAAAUCCAUCAGCAACCCUCCAGGCUCCAACCUGCGGACCACUUAGCCCCGCUCGGAGACCGUGCUGGCUAGACCUCGGGACAGGACGUGGGGAGGGAGACGGGGCCCUUUGUCAACUCCUAGUGCUGCAAUGAACUGGUUGCUUGCCAGACUGGGAAUGAAUUUCUCUUUUCCACCCAUUGCUGUUAACUUUCUGUAAAGGGGGCUUCCCCACAUGCUUUCAAGGGGGAGGAGGAUGAUCGGCAUCCUUACGAUGGGACAGUUCUUUUGACUUGAGGGGUCCCGCUCUCGUGUGAAGCGAGAGCCGUGAAGAUCAGUGACGGGGGCAGUUAACGCAGUCUUGCUGUAACAUUUCUCUGGUUUGAGGCCGAAUCCGCGUAUGUCAAGAUGGGAGAGUUGAAUCCUAGCAUGAGGCUUUAGCACACUUCUCUCCCUGAAGAUCCGAGACCAGCUGUCCAAAUCCCCCUCCUCUCCCUCUCCCCACUCAAUCGUAUUUGGCUCCAGAACGAUGGGGCACCUGAAUGGACUUGCAGUGCAGCCCGUGCUUGAUAGGUCAUUACUGCUUUAAGUAAGAUAUUAACAGCUUUGACUGCAGCAUUAGAGCAAUUUAAAUUGUUUAAAAAUUUUAAAAGUUCCCUGCGGACAUGUACUUACCAUCAGUUUUGAUGUGGAAACACUGUGAUAUAUAAAUGUUGUUGGACAACAGUAGUUUAAAAAUGAGUGGAAUAUAGAGGGUUAAAAAAGUUAAAAAGUAAAAAAUGGGAAAAAAAGCUAGCUAUAUCCUUAUACUUAUUGGAGACACUUUAACUUUUUCCUUUGUAUUUUCAUUGUAUUAGAUAAAUAAAUGUGAAUGUAAAAUUGUAUAAAUUAAUGUACUUGAAUACUUGUCUGUUCUCCCAGUAUGCUUGCUGGAUAUUUUAGUGCCUUGGACUUCUAUUGCUUCUGCAGUUAGCGUUGUCUUCCCAGCAGACCCCAGGUGGACAGAGGGCAAGUUCAGAGAAGGCCGCGUUGGUUGUACCUGUGGAUGGGGGCCUUUCCGCUGGCGUAGCGAUAGCGAAACCGCGAUACCGUGUCGAGGAGGUGCAGCGGGUCGGAACCAGGCUCCGUGUGUUGGGAAACUUGGCCGAGGGGGUGAUCUGAUGUUGCUGGUGUGAUGAGGGCCAGGUGGGGUGGGACGGAGGGUUGUGCGUGAAGCCAGAAUGAGACGAAGCGCCGUUGUGUAGAGGCAGGAGGUCUGGAUCAGGAAUGGAGAGGAUGGGGAGAAGGUGUGUCUGUGGGAAG